AUGGAGCGUAUUUCGAGAGAAUUUUUUCACCUGCCACUCGAGGAGAAGCAGAGAUGCAGCAACCUGGUAGACGGCAAGCGUUUCCAGGUGGAAGGCUACGGAAAUGACCAGGUAAAAGCCCAGGAUCAGAUCCUGGACUGGUCUGAUCGACUCAACCUCAAGGUUGAACCGCGGGACGAGAGAAAUCUCGCCAAAUGGCCCAGACAUCCUGAACGUUUCAUGUCAGUUUGCAAUCUUUGGAGAUUUUUCUUCCUUUCUUUCCUUUGGCUUCUGCAGCUUGACGACGAUUACUUCCUCAACCAGUUCAGCAACAGGGCACCUGUAAUGAGCAAUGAGAUCUUCAAGAGCCCAGUGCACAGGGUUGUGGCAAAUGCUGCCAAAGAGAGGAUCUCACUGGCCAUGUUCUACGGCCUUGAUCCCGAACACGAGAUUGAACCAGCGGCUGAUCUGUUACAUGACAAGCAGCCGGCCUUAUACAAGAAAGUGAAAACCAAGGACUACAUGGCUGGGUUCUAUGAACAUUUUGCCCGAGGCACCAGAGUCAUCGAUUCUGUGAAGAUCUAAGCCAGACAUGAUCGAUCCUCGACCGUUUCGUUGUG